ACAUUAACUAUUGGUUGCAUAUGCAGUGCAAUGUGCAUCGAGAAAGGAUAGCAGCCCUGUUUACUUCAUCUCAUUUUGUUUUAAUUCAAAUUCAGUGUAACGCUCGUAUGAAAAAUGUUGCGUAUUGCAAUACAUAUUCAUCCAAAUAUUUUAUCUUCGCAGUGUUAUAUUCGGUAUGUCGAUGAUUCUAAUUCUGUCGACACGAUUCAAGUAGAAUGUUUUACCUCCAAAUUAGAAUUAUUGCUGCUUAAGAAUGAUGAAAUCAUUAAAAAUGUAAAAAUCAGCUCCCCAAAAGAUAUUUUUAUUCCUUCGUCAUUAUUAUCUGAUUCCGAUUCUUCUAUAUAUUCAAACUCGACCAUCAUAUGCCGGACAAAAUUGACACCAGCUGGGCAGCAUGUCGCGGAUUGUAGCUUUCGAUUGCAAAUAUCUGGAGGCGAUCAAUCCGAUGAGUCGAAAUCAGAGCAAAAUUUUGAUGUAAAGGAUUAUUUCAAAGAGCAGUUUAAAAACCGUAUCCAUUGGAAUUUGUUGUGCGCUAGAUGUGGAAAUCACUUGCCCAUAAAACCUUUAUUCAUCGAUAAUGUUAAGGAAUACUGCAAUUCUGAACUAUCCGAAGAAUGGUUUUGCCACAGGAAUGAUGCACAAUCAAUUAUUCAGCCAUCAUCGGAGAUUCUUUACGUGGAUGAUAUUUCCUUUUAUUUAUAUCCCAGACCAAAUUCGGAUAAUAGUUGUCAAAAGGCAACUGGCAGUCAAAAGAGUGACUGUAUCAACAAUCGAAGUACUAAUUGUUCAAAUGUUUCUUGUUCAGGUAUUAAUUGCACAAAUAAAUCUGCUGAAAUCAGAAAAAAAACUGAUCAAAAUGCUCUAGUUGUGAAUAGUUCUGUUGAUCCAAAUGUGGAUUCUUCCAAUUUGAAGCAAACUGAUUCUUCAGUCAGAAGUUGCGUACAUCAUGCCUGUGAUGAUUGCAAGCAUUCUACUGAUGAUAAAAACGAAUACUUGAAUAAUUCCAAAGGUUUUAUUGAAUGCCAGUCAUGUGGUGAUGUUUUGACUGCAGAGAAAUCCCCACGUCCAUUCAUUAGGUUUUAUUUUGAUAAACUGAUGUUCAAAGAUCCCUCUUGUACUGAUAAUAAUUUGGAAUAUGCUCGCCAAAUAACAUUGCUGUCAUUCUGGAGUUUGGUGAAGAAAAAUGAGUCCCCACCAUUGCCAUCUAGACUCUUCCUCCAAAGCAAAGUUCGUGAUGAAGACCGCUGUCUUUUGCUGUGGAUUCCAAACACCCCUAUCCGCCAGUUCUUACUACAAGAUUCCUUCGAAGGCAUUCCUCAGGAGGUCAACCUGAAGCUGGAGCCGGUCUACAAAAUCCUGUACUUCGUUGGUACCUCCCACUCCGAAAAGGUCCGCUCCUGGCGGCACGAUUUUAACGUCGAUUACUACCGUGUCAGUGACACGAUGGUCAAGACAAUCGCUGAGAUUUUGGAUGCUUCCUCCAACUAUUUGCCCCAAACGACCGAGGCUGCAGAUUUCUCUUGCGGCUUCAUGAAGGCGCCCUCUCAUUUGCUGCAGCAAUUGUGAGAAGCUAGAAAAAGAGACCUUUGCAUCGACAUUUCGGACAGUAAUGGAUAUCAGAAACAUACUCCAAUGACAUAAAUGUUUGAUACAUCAUAAUGUGUAUAUCAUAAAUUAUUUUUAUAAAAAAGGCAAUAAAUU